AAGAUGACGGAGCGCUACAGAGAGAUCGACGGUUACUACGUCAGCUACAGCUUUCACGAUGAAACCAUUCACUCGGCACUGGGCUACAAACCGGUGCCUGGAGACGUGUUCAUUGUGAGUUACCCCAAGUGCGGCACCACCUGGUUGCAACAUAUCGUCUACAACAUCUUCAACGGCCGUGCUCCGCCGGAAAACAUGAUGGGCAUCCUCCGCGAGAUGCCAUUCCUGGAGAUGGUAGGCGCCGAGUCCAUCGAGGACAUGCCCAGACCAGGUGCCAUCAAGACCCACAUGCCCUUUCAGUUGCAGCCUUAUUCGAAGGACGCCAAGUACCUUUACAUCGCGAGGAAUCCGUACGACUGCUGUGUCUCCUUCUUCUACCACACCAAAGGAUUGCCCCCUUACAAUUUCGCAGACGGUACCUUCGACGAGUUCUUUGAAAUGUUCAUCGAAGGCAAGGUAGACACCGGCGACUACUUCGACAACCUGCUGUCCUGGUACGAGCACCGAAACGAUCCGAACGUGCUCUUCCUGACCUACGAGGACCUUAAAAAGGACACCGCUGCGUGGGUGCUGAAAAUUGCAGACUUUCUCGGCAAGGAGUACGGUCCAAAGCUUAGGGCCAGUCCGGAGGCCUUGGGUGAAGUCCUAGAGCAAACGAACAUGGUCAGAAUGAAGAAGUACGUUAACAAGGGUCUGGAGUCGUUCUUUGUUGAGGUAAAAGCGAUUCCUGAAUAUAGGAGGCCGCGUUGGGUGAAGCUCAUGAUGGAUGCCGUAGGAGAGGAGGCGCUGAAGAAGACGAUUAUCAGUGACUUUGUGAGGAAGGGUGUCGUUGGUGACUGGAGGAGUCAUUUUUCGGCAGAGCAGGUGAGGCGGUUCAAAGAGCGCAUUGCCACGAAGAUUCGCGGCAGCGAUGUGAUGGACCUUUGGAAACACAUAGACCUUCCUUAGUAAACCUUGGCUAAAAACGGGGGUGGGGGAAACGAAAUAAAAACGAGGUAUAAAAGUGGUCUGGAUGAUAUA